AAGGACAGCUGCUUUGAGGUACUGAGUUAAUCAUUGGUGGCUGCCCAACUUCUGUCUCCCAGUGCACAGGGCUUUCGUUCUCAUUUCCCUGGUGAGCCCGUCAAGGAUGUGGCCCAGACCAAAGGUGCUGCUCCUUCUCCUGCCUUUGGCCGUGCUGUGGCUUCUCCCGUGGCCGUGGCAGGCGCUGUGGCUGGUACCUGCCUUAGUCCUGUGGCUUCCUCGAUGGCUCCCCGACGGCUUGGCCCGCCGCUUCCCGGCCUGGGUCCGCUGGCUGCCCGAAGAUCUCGCCUACAUAGGCCACCUCCUGUACACCCCUCUGGUCCAGAAGUGUCUCUACAAGAGCUUUGUGGACGUGCUGGAGGCCCGGGCCAGGGCUGAUCCAGACCGCCUGCUCGUGGUGGACACAGCCUCGGGCCGGCAGGUGAGCCUGGGGGAGAUGGAGCGCCGGAGCUGCCAAGUGGCGCGGGCCCUGGGAGCAGCCCUGCAGGGGUCUGUGGGGCUGAAGGAAGGAGACGUGGCUGCUCUCUUCUUCUGCGGGCCGCAGGGCAUCUCCGCCCUCACCCUCUGGUUUGGCCUCAGCAAGCUGGGCUGCCGGGUCGCCUGGAUCAACUGCCAUAUCCGCGGGGCCCCCCUGCAGCAUGCCGUGCUCAGCUCGGGGUGCUGCGUCCUAGUGGCUGACCCAGAGCUCCAGGAGGCUGUGGAAGCUGUUUUGCCGGAACUGAUGGCCAGGGGCAUUCGGUGCUUCUACCUGAGCUCUACGUCACCCACGAAGGGUGUGGAGCCCCUGAAGGGCCUCCUAGAGGCAGCCUCCUCAGAUCCAGUGCCCCCCCAGAUUCGAGCUGGAGUCACCCCUAAAAGCCGGAGUCUAUUUAUCUACACGUCUGGAACCACUGGUUUCCCCAAGCCAGUGAUUUUUACCCAUGAGCGGAUACUAGUUUUCGCGACAGGCUUGAAAAUUUGUGGGGCCCGGAAGAAUGAUAUCGUUUAUGUGGUUCUGCCUCUCUACCAUACCGCUGCCUUGAUAAUUGGCAUCAUGGGCUCCUUACAGCUAGGGUGCACCAUAAUCCUGGCCCCGAAGUUCUCAGCCUCAAAUUUCUGGGAUGACUGCCGGAAGUAUCAGGUGACGGUCAUUCAGUACAUUGGUGAACUCCUUCGAUAUCUCUGUAACACCCCUGAGCGACCUUGUGACCGAGAGCACCGCGUCCGGCUGGCUAUUGGCAACGGUCUUCGGCAAGAAAUCUGGACCCGGUUCCUGGAGCGCUUUGGGCCCAUUCAAAUCUGCGAAGCCUAUGGCUCCACAGAGGGGAAUUUUGGCCUCCUUAACUACCCGGGACGUGUGGGAUCUAUAGGCAAGAGCAGCUUUUUGCUUCGGUUGCUUUGUCCUCAUGAGAUCAUCCAGUUUGAUAUUGAGACUGAGAAGCCCAUUCGGGACGACAAAGGACGCUGCAUCCCGGUGGAGCCUGGAGAAACAGGGCUCCUGGUAUCACAGGUCACCAAGUACAAUCCCUUCCCGGGGUACCUUGGUUUAAAGCAGCAAACAGAGAAGAAGUUGCUCCGGGAUGUUCUGCGCCCAGGGGACAUUUACUUCAAUUCUGGGGACUUGGUGUCUAGGGACUCGGAUGACUUCUUCUACUUCCACGACCGCACUGGGGACACAUUUCGCUGGAAGGGAGAGAAUGUGUCUACACGGGAGGUGGAGGGUGUUUUGUCCUUGGUGGACUUCCUGGAGGAGGUGAAUGUCUACGGUGUUCCAGUACCUGGUUGUGAGGGAAAGGUUGGGGUGGCAGCUGUGCGGCUGAGUCCUGGAAAAACAUUCGAUGGUCAGAAACUAUAUCACUUCACUGAGAAGGAGCUCCCAGCCUAUGCUGUCCCACGCUUCAUUCGGAUCCAGGACUUUCUGGAAAGUACAGGCACAUUUAAGCUCACUAAGUUUCAGUUGGUUCAGGAGGGUUUUGACUUGAGGAUAAUUCCUGACCCACUGUAUGUGUUGGACAACAACUCCAGAACCUUCCAGCCACUGACCCCAGAUCUGCAUCAUGCCAUCUUGAAUGGAAGCAUCCGGCUGUGACUUCUGCCUCUAAAACCCAAGGCAUUCACAUUCGCCCUUAACCCAAAGGUUCCUACGUCCACCCUCCCUAAUCCACACCUCAGACAAUCUCGGUGUGGUUUCAGGGAGGUGGGGAGGGGAACAAGGAGUCCUUCAACAUUUUCUUGGCAAGAAGGUGAAAGACAACUUUUCUCAGACCUUGUCAAUUUGGUGAGAAUGGGGGAGGAGGUUGUUUCACUACAUUUAGCAUCCUUGGCUUUCUGCUCAGCAUUCUGGUGAGAAUAGUCAGGUAACAGCUUCCCCGUGUUCCCCCCAAAGCCCCCGAGAACCACCUUUCUAGCACUUGGGGAUAACACUAUGGAGACAAACAUGAAAAUGAAACCAGUAUUUGACUUCAGAAGCUUAUGAUCUAAUGCUUCAAUACUUGGAGGAAUAAGGAAGAAGAGGAUGGAGAUGACAAUGACGGGAUAAGGCAGGAACUGCCUAAACUCUCCCAAAUUCACCUCCAAACAACUAUAUAUUUAUAAAAUCAAAACCACCUCCAAAGGAACUCUGGAAUGGUAGAGCCAACAAAAAGAUGCAGUGAAACCAUUUCCAGGCCAAAUAGAACUUAGAAGACCAACAGGAAAGAUUAGUCUCCCCAGGGUAAGAGAGGAGUAUGAUCCAGUUCAGUUCAGACUGCUCCUGGAAAAGCCACUAACAGAAAAGCUACCAGCAAGGCUCCUUUGUCCUGCAGCCAGGCACUCUGAGUCCCCACACAGCCAUGCCAGGCAGCUAGAAACUGGUAAAGCCCAGCUCAGCAGCCAGGCACAGGCAACCCCAGCCCAGGAAAUUUGGGAUAGCACCCUCUCCAACUCAGGAACAGAACCCAAGUUGAAUAUCAAGGUAAAAGUCACAAAACAGGCUAUCACAAAAAGCAAAAGACAAAAAGAAACUGAUCGUAGAAAGUUACUUUAGGGUCCUGGGUUCAAAUAUGACCUCAGAUAC